CCGUCAUCAGAGUGAUGAGACUCAUCGUUAGUAAACAUGUACCAGACUACAUGGCGCUACAACCCAGAAAAUAGCCAUCAACGUUCGUAUUAAUUACGAUCCUGCUCAUUACUAAUCGCCUUCAUAUACGACAAAUAUAAAAAUGGCGAUGCCCCACGGACGAGAACCGCGACAAUUUUAUUGAUAAAUGCCUUUUGAUGUAAAUUUUGGCAAUGGAACGAGAAGGUUCUCCAGCUCUAUUGAAGGCUCAAAUUAAAUUAAAUUUAAUGAAGAAGAACAGUUAAAACCCAAGAAUAACGAGCUUGAAAGAAACAUCCGUCCUGCCGUCAGCUUGGCGGAGUGCCAGACCUCCAUUACAUAACCUAUACUACAGCCACAAUAAAUUUCUCUCGCUGGAAAAUAAUUUGCAGUCACUAACUAUGGAGGCGGAGAACUAAGCUAUUACAAAUUUACUAGUAGCUGAAUCUGUCACAACAAAGAGACUGUUCUUUGUAUCUAAAUCACGUUCCUGUAGACCACAAUACUCACAAACUAAGUAACUAACCAACCAAGAAAUAUCUGAAAAGACGAUAAAUACUCAGCUGGUCAAGAAAUAUCCUGCUUUUAUUUAAUCAAAAAUGUCAUUAACAUUUUAACAAAGAUCCUUUAAAGGAAUCGUCCCACGCCCGAUUCUGUCCAGUCCCCCAUCUUCAAACCCUCGAUCCAUUUUAUUACUGUCUCGUCCACACCUAGGUUUUCCAGUUGUCUUUUCCCUCCGGGUUUUCUGAAUAAAAUUUUGUAUUUGAAGUUUCAAGUUUUUUGACGAUGGUGCUUUGUAAUACGUAAAAUUAUUCUUUUUUACUUUGUCUAAUUUCUUAAUUAUAAAAUUAUGAAAGUACGACGUUUCGGAAGCUGGAUUCAGCUCCUGUCUUCAGGUGAAUAAGGGGGAGAGACUUAUGCAACGUCUGUGAGUAAACGUAACAAAAAGUAGAGAACGGAAGGUGGGCGGAGUUCUUAUUUCUUCAUUAGAAAAGAACGCUAUUCACACAGGGACGCAACGUUCGUAUUAACCGUGUUAGCCCGGCUAACGUUGUGAAAAACGAAAAAUAAAAGUCUUCUGUGUUACUUUUCGUGGUGCAGUGGUUCUUCAUACACUAAAAAACAGCAGAAUCGAUCAGAUUUAAUGCGUCGUUAGCCAGCCAUCCUUACUAGAGCUAUUUUGUGGUUUCUCACCGUUCGAAAUUGAACGUUCAGAUAAUUCGCAAUAACUUCCUUACCUCUUACUAUUUGCGUCGUUUCAGGCUUUCUAAGAACGGGCCGCUCUGUGAGGUAUAGAAAUACAUUGUGGGAUGUCACACUAUUUCGAAUUUGUCUUCGUGUCACAUCACCUGUUAAUGACUCACACCAGAAAAAUGGAAACAGAUAAGUAAUUCCGUUCUGAAUGCUAAGUUAUUCGUCCGACUAAAUUCAAGACUACGGCGCCUCGAAUGCCCCUGUCUUGUGAUACAAUCUACUGUAUUCAUGGGUUGAUUCUUAGUUUAUUUACCGAUGAUUUUUCAACAUCAUCGUUCAUGAUGUUUGGAUUAUAUGAGUGAUGAAUUAAAAAUAUGUGAAAAUAAGAGAGGUCGAUGAGUAUUUUAAAGUUCUGUGAUGGGAAGACUGAGUAAAACGACGAAAGUCUAAACAAAAUAACCGACCUAUGAGUCGAAAACCGGACUGGGGACAUCCUGAAAGCAUUGAACUUAAACGCACUUUAUGAUGCGUGUUCUUGACAGUUUGGUUAUCAUCAUCUGGCUUGUGUACGUGUAGUGUGAUCUGUCUUCUUAAGUUUUGUUUCUGAACAACAUCGAUCGAAGCUUAUUAUUGACACCAUUUCUGAAUUAUAAUACAAACAUCUUUUAUAGAAUACAAUGUGAAAUGACUUGGUCUGCCUUUCUGUUAUGCAACACUUCCUGCAUAUUCAUUGUGUACAUACUAAUGGUCGGUAUUUGUAACUAUCAUGUCAGAACAAUAAGCGACGCACUGCCAAGAGGUGUCAAGGAUUGCCACGCCUAGCAGUACGUUGUUUGUGUCACAAAUUCACCUGUACCACGACAGCUACUUCUUUCCACAUCACCUGAAUUCAACAUUUGCAGCCCAGGGAACGCAGCGGUAAAGUUGCACAGAGCUGAUUAUGAUUGAGGAUACAAAGGAAUUUGAACACAAUAAAACUGAAUGAUUGAUGCUUUGUAAUGCUGUUAACAUUAUGAACAGUUCAGUUAAUUACUUUAUUAAGGAGGUUGCUGAAGUAAUAUACAUAGAGAAAACUAAGUAUCUUCAUGCCCCAUCAUUAGAAUCCAAUACAGUCAUAAUAAAAAUUUAAUUGAGAAGGCCUUCCUAAAUUUGGGAACGACAGUAACAUAUUAAAAUUUUAUUCACGAAGAAAUAAAAACCAGUUUGAGAUUGGGGAAUGCCUGCUGCCUUAACAACGUUGUUUACUUUUUUGUACCCCUCCCAUAGAUCUAAAUACGAGGAUAUACAAAAUAGUAACUGUUGCAGACAGUCUGUCGUUUUAUGUGGGCAUGAAACUUAGUUUCCUGCCCUAAAAGAGAGGAUGUCGUAGAUUGUGGAUGUGUGAAAACGAAGUUUUCAGGGAAAUCUUCUUACCUAACACAAAGGAAGUAGCAGGACAACGAAGAAUCAUGUAUAACUAGCGGCUUCAUAAGUUGUACUUUCAAAUAUUAUUUGGGCGAUCAGCAUCCUCCUUACUGAUCGCCCAAAUAAUAUUGUGCAGGACGUGAAGGGAGAUGAUAAAUUCAUGCAAGUUAAUUAACAAAUCAACCGACGUGUAUUCAGUCCUGAAGAUUUUCCUUGGAAUUUUUAACUUUGCUCCCUGAAAUUUUCUUUUUAAAUAAUAAAAUUCUAUCGCAGUAUUUUUAGUACCCUGUGGCAAGUAUAGGACAUUCUGAAAUAGGCGUGAAAAUAAACAUCUUGUCCUCAGCCACGUGUAUCAAACCUUAUGAAGAUGCAAUUCUGUUUUAUCUGCGGUUUAGCCUAGAAGUAUAAAUUGUGACAAACACAAGAUAUGAAUCACACAGAUGUUUUAGACACUGUAGACUACUGUUGAAAUGCCAAUAAUUUUUUUUAAAUAGUACUAGCUAAAAAUAAGUAUUUACACUUCACCACUUACGCGUUACAGACUGUUUAGAGACAUAGUUACAACUUAGUAUAUUAACUGAACCAGUUGAUUAAUGUUAAUCUUUUGUCGGUUGUGGUGAAUGUUUAAGCACGUCAAAAUCGAUUAUUUUCAUAUUAGAAAGAAGUACCUCGUGUUAAGAAAGGUUUAUAACGAUAUAAAAUGUUUAUCUUGCUUAUUUCUGUAAUUUAAGAAAAACACGUUCAUAUUUGACGAAAUAGGUCCAUAAAUAAAGUAUAUUUAUCAGCUGUAGCGAGCAGGUGACACCAAGAUCCACUUCUUUUUCAACUUGUAAUAAGGAGCUCACAUAACAUUUCAUGCAGACGAGACUGAUGGUCACUUCAGGAGUUUAACAAGCGACAGAUGAACAGAGACAUGCAAGGAAUAUCUUGAGAUUCAAAUAUUCUCGUCAGCACUGGGUUAUCUAACUUUCUUCAUCUGUGUUAUUUUGUUCUUGGGCGAGAGACCAAUCGUAACAGCGACAUAAAAAUAACAGACUCCUGUAAGUUACAUUGUGUCCAGUGGCUUACUGGCAAUGCUAGAGGUGAUCACCCAGCUGCCAGGUGUAGAUAUUAACAAGCCGGACAAUGAAGGCAACACGCCCCUCCACUUCGCAGCCCAGGCUGGGCAUGUGGAAGUACUGAACUUCAUGCUGAGCAAGUGCACUGGCGUUGAAGUGGAUGCAAGAAAUGCCCUGGGCUUCACACCACUGAUGAAGGCAGCUCUGCAGGGUCGCACCAAGUGUGCCAAACUCCUAUUGUUUGCUGGUGCCUCACCCACACUACGAGAUACAGGUCGUGGGCUACGAGCUGAACAAUGGGCACGAUUUUGUGGACGAUAUGUCUGUGCUGAAGUUAUUGAGAAGUUUGCUCGACAUCGUUUGCUUGAGAGGACAACAGCUUAUGGUCGGUGGGGUAGUGAACCUGAGCUUGGUGCACGACUUCUUAUGGGAACAGGAAAACUCCCAACUAGCAGUGGUCACAACUCAUCACAGUCCACAGGUUUCAAGUCCCAACUGCGGCGAGCAUUUCGCAAAAACAGCUCAGGGUCUGAUUCCCCUCCCAGUCGCUAUUCGCUUGUCACACAACUCACCACAGCUGCUCUCUGUGCCAGCUCACCAGUGCUCCCCACUCCUAAUGUCCCUCCUGUUGUCAGGUCACUGAUGAGACCAUUAACAGUCCCUAAACUCCAGGUAACCCCUGCAUCAUCAGGAGAAACAAGUGACUCUAGUGCUGAAUAUCAGAACACAAAGGACAGACCACCAACAGCAAGACCUUCAGGAAUUCGUUUGAAGAAGAAAAAGUAACAUUAAUUGCAAUUCCCACAGUACUGUAGGAAGAAUACAUGAGACUAAGAAAUGUGCUUUUCUUCAUUAAAGUAAAGUUGUAACGUGUAUUCAGCUGCCUUAAUGAAUAAGAAAAUUAAUUUGAAAUGGAAACCGCAGUGAAAAUGGAGACGCAAUGUAUAGCACAAGGUGAUGAUAAAUAGUAUCUUAUUCUUCCUAAUAAUGAACUUUUGAAUACAGAAUUGCAGUUAUGUGUAUGAAAGAAGCAAAUUUCUUAUUGCCAAAUUUUCAAUAUCUGAGACAAAGCAAAUAUCUUCCCCAUGUUUAUGCUAUUCAGCAUUUGUAUUCUAAUCAAACUUAUUGUUUUACACCUACUGUAAACUUCAAUAAUUGGAAACUGUACAUUCUACUUUAGUGUAAAUCUAGAGUCAUGAGUAUUGAGACACAGCUUGUAAUAAUGCACUCAAUUCAGAUUUCUUAUUGAUGUUUCUCUACAUUUCCAGUCAGAGGAAAGGGAGUUGGUAUGACAUUUCUGAGGUUCUUGCUGCCUCCAGCAUAAGGAUGAUGACUCAUCACUCUGAUGAUAGUGACAGCAAGGACCACUGAAACAUUGGUAAACUUCUACCAGACUAUACAGCACUACAAUCUAGAAGACAGUCAUCUCAGUUUGUACAUUGCUUUAUAUCAGGACAGGACUGGUAAAAUCUUUGUGUGAACAUGAAAUAGGCAUCCUUAAAUGUGAUGUUAACCUUCAUAUUAAAGCAGAGAAUAUAUUUAUCAUGGUGAGUGAAUUAGUGCAUCACAAACCUUGUGCUAUGCCAUUUUGUGUCUGUCAGUUUUAAUAUAUAAAUACAGUAAUGUUAUUUUAUUGCAUUUGUAGAUUGUAUCUGACACGAGGCUGAAACUAAAACAAUGCUAUAUCAGUUGAUUUAUUAUAUUCAUUUUGGACUUAUGGAUGUUUUGUAUUGUCAGCUACUGACCAAAUUUGGAUUACAUACAUAAAACAGAAAAAAUCAUGUUCAUCUUUCUGCCUUAAAAAUUAUUGUUAAUAAGAAUCAAAGCUUUAUUUUUGUAUGCUCUUUAAAAUGAUGCAAAAUUUAAUAAUAUUCUUAUUUAAGUAUUGUUCCUGUUGUCCUAGACAGGAAAUUCACAAAUUUAUUAAACACAAUAUCACUUGCUAGUUUCAAUCAAUUAAAAGUAUAGCCAGGUAAAACAGAUGCCAAAUAACUGAAUUAAGAUUUCAGUUGCAUCCCUCGCAUUAAAAUGUGACAGAUUUAUUACAUUGUUGAAGUACAAUUAGAGGUAAAAUGUUUACUACUCUUUGAAUUUGAGAAUAUGGUUGCAUCUCUCUUGAAAAUAAGAUGUAAAUUUUGAAAAAGUAUUCCACUAUUCUUCUAUGGGUUUGGAGUACUUUGGCUCAGACAUUCACUGGUAGCACAGUUUAUAGCUUAAGAAUUGUUUGUGUAUGUGUAGUGGCAUAUACAAACAUUUUAUUGAAUAUGACUCUUUUUCAACUUCCCAAUGUAUACUAUAUGUAAGCAGGCUCAGUAACACCAAACAUAUCAUCUGUAACGUUCUCAUGCAUAAAUUUUGUCUACUUUUAGAAAAUCUCAUAAAUGCCUUUCCAUAUUAGCACAUGUGCAUUGUAAAAUUUUGUUAGAUUUUUUGUUCAGUGGCUCUAUGUGGACAUAGUUUUUCCAUAUGUGUGAUAAGCAGCAUGUGAUUCAAUAGUGUGCAAGAUUCCCAUUCUGUAAAAUAUGAAUAUGUUUACACUAAAGAAAUGGGUGAUUUUGUAUCAAGCGUGAGAGAGAUUCAGAAGAAAGUUUCCAGUGGUUUUAGUUCACCACAGCAACAUUAUUCAUAAUUGUGUCAAGGUAAGAACAACUGGCAUGUUAAUAGAGAGGAAACUAAAUUAUUGUCAGGUGUUGGACACAAUCAAAGCUGGUCUUGAACAUUUGGCUUAUUUCUUAAACACAUUGCACAACCAAUCAGAGUAUUACAAGGGACAGUGAGAUCAGUUACAAAAUUACUGAAACUGUAGCUUUAUAAAUCCAUACUUGUGCGCCCUUUGGAUUCAUGUAAUUCAGUCAAUUUCUGUAACUGGUCUCAUCAGUCAGUAGAGAUAAUUAAAAAUUAACCAAUAUAUACAUGGAAGAACUCAUAGAAAUCUUUCAUCUUGAAUAGCCCUGUAUAUUGACAGAACUAUUAUAGCAUGAAAGCCAGAAUGUGUUUAGAAUGUAUGGGACAUGUAUUCAAUCCAAACUUUCCAGAAUUUUCUGUAAUACAGGUAUGUAAACUUCACUCUUCACUGGAACUUCUCUAACAACACAGCUCAUCAACUAAGAGAGGUAGCAACCAACACACUGUUUGCAUGUAGUAGAAAAGCCAUGUCCCAACAUAGCCUUCAAUAAAAUGUCUCUGUAAUGUACAGUAUAAGGAGGCCGGGGUCCACCAAGGACUGUAGCGCCAACUGAAGAUGAAGAAGAAGUACAGUAAGCCACAAAAUUAUUCAUUAUAUUACACUGAAUCUAUUCCAUAAACCUGCACAUACUGUCCUUGGCCUUCUGGAAAUAAACCAUGUACAAUGGAUUCCAUAUUACACUGUAUUUAAUAACAUUAAAUUGGUUUAUUUCUUUGAAUCUUAAA